AAGAGAGGGAUUGGAAAACCACAGACAAAGAGGAUUUAGAAAGAGAAAGAGAAUUGUAGAGAGAAAAAUAGUUUUUUUGUGUUUGUGUGGGGCGUGUUAUUUUGGCAGCCCAUGACAGAGAGGUGCCGGGCUGGCGGCAAGCGCAAGAAAGUAAGGAAGCUGCGGUUUUAAAUCGUAUUGAUGGCGUAUUUGAGGGUUUGCAGGCGCACAUUUAAGGUCCCAUUAAGAAGCUUGGAAAGUGGGUAGGUCUGGGUUUUAUAGUGUGUGAUAAAGCCGCCGUCUUUUGCCCCCUCUUCUCUCUAAUCUUCUCUAGAGAGAGAAAAUCUGGUUCUUCUCUCUCUCAAAAGUAAGACGUAAUCAAGAGAAGGUUUUAGGGUUACAGUCACUUUCUUGAUGCGUGAAUCAUAUUACGGAGAUCUCAUUGCUUUGAAGAUGGAUCAGUUGUUCUUGUGCAGGCGUGGAAGACGACCGAUUUGAUGUGUGAUAUAUUGGAUUUCUCGGUUUCAUUCCCUUCAUCAAAUUUUUAGAGAGAGAAAGAGAAAUGGAAAUAUCAAGAUGUGGGUUAUUGAGGAGCUCGAGGUGUUUGAUUUUUUGCACUGUGUUUUUCUCUUUGCAAACGGCUUUAGGCUUCAAUUUCACGAUGCAUGGUUCGGUUAGUGGCCUGAGGUUAGCAAGGAUUCAGAGGCAUUUGGAAAAGAUCAACAAGCCUGCCCAUGUCCUCACCACCAUUAAAAGUGAGGAUGGAGACGUGAUCGACUGUGUGCGAAGGCACAAGCAGCCCGCGAUGGACCAUCCGCUUUUGAGGAAUCACAAGAUCCAUAUGUUCCCUGAGAGGCCGAGGUUCAAUGGCAGUAGGAACAGUAGUUGGAGUGAGGAAAUGAAAGGCGCAUGGCAAACGUGGCAUAAGAGUGGGCAUUGCCCUAAGGGCACCAUCCCUAUUAGAAGGACCUCAGUGGACGAUGUUUUAAGGGCCAAGUCCUUAUUUCACUUUGGUAAAAAGACACGACCCUACAGAUUUAGAGAAGAACCUCCCGACGUUGUCAGCAGCAAUGGCCAUGAGCAUGCCAUUGCCUACACUGGAUCUCAAGAGUUUUAUGGUGCGAAGGCAACAAUGAAUGUGUGGGAUCCUUCAAUUCAAGUAGUGAAUGAGUUCAGUCUUUCUCAGAUUUGGGUCCUUUCCGGCUCUUUCGAGGGCUCCGAGCUCAACAGCAUCGAAGCCGGCUGGCAGGUUAGCCCUGAGCUUUAUGGAGACAACAGACCGAGGUUGUUCACGUAUUGGACGAGUGAUGCUUAUGAGGCAACGGGGUGUUAUAAUCUGCUAUGCUCGGGGUUUGUUCAGACGAACAAUAAGAUAGCCAUUGGAGCAGCUAUCUCUCCUGUUUCAUCCUACGGUGGCAGCCAAUAUGACAUUACCAUUCUCAUCUGGAAGGAUCCAAAGCAAGGGAACUGGUGGUUAGGGUUUGGCGAUGACACCCUGGUGGGCUAUUGGCCAGCCGAGCUCUUCACUCACUUAGCAGACCACGCGGAGAUGGUGGAGUGGGGUGGUGAGAUCGUAAACACUCGAACCAACGGUGGGCACACUUCGACGCAAAUGGGGAGUGGCCACUUCGCAGAAUCAGGGUUCGGGCGAGCCAGCUACUUCCGGAAUUUGGAAACUGUGGACUCGGAUAACAGUCUGAGCUCAGUCUACUCUCUCUCUGCACUUGCAGAGGACACAAAUUGCUACAACAUUAGAAGCUCAUCUAGCCCCCAAUGGGGCACCUACUUCUACUUUGGAGGCCCAGGAAGCAACCCCAACUGCCCCUGAUGUCUCUCUCUCUCUGGUUAUUUCCCCCCUUCUGUCUUUCAUGUGUAACUCAUCUCCAUUGUUUUGGUCUGCCAAGAAGUGUUCAAAUAGUUUGUGAUUUAUUCUUAUAACUCCAAAGCCUUGUACCAUGAUAUAUCUUAAUUAUAUUUCUUCAUUUUCGUGCAAA